GCGGCGGCGGCGGCGGCGGGGUUCCGUGGCCGGGCGGCGCCCGCGGCCUAUCGCGGGGCCCGAGCUGUGCGCCGCGCCCCGGAGCUCGGACCCGGAGGGAGCGCCGACGUGCCUCUGCCUGCCUUUGAGGAGGCGGGAGUGAGGAAAAAGGCUUAGGGCCCAGGGGGCGGGGAAGGGGGGCCGGGCCUGGAUCCGCGGGGAGGCCGAGCCAGAGGCCCGAUCGUGGCUCGCGCGGUCCCGGGGACACGAAUCGAACGUUGGCGGCGCGGAUCGAACGUCGGCGGCGGGUGGAACGCGGGGACUCGGAGGCGCGCGUGCGGGGGCUAUGGCGUCCGUGCAGGCUUCCCGCCGCCAGUGGUGCUACCUGUGCGACCUGCCCAAGAUGCCGUGGGCCAUGGUGUGGGACUUCAGUGAGGCCGUGUGCCGCGGCUGCGUGAACUUCGAGGGCGCGGAUCGCAUCGAGCUGCUCAUCGAUGCCGCCCGGCAGCUCAAGCGAAGCCACGUGCUCCCCGAGGGCCGCUCGCCGGGGCCCCCGGCCCUCAAGCACCCGGCCACUAAGGACCUGGCAGCCGCCACUGCACAGGGGCCUCAGUUGCCGCCUCCACAGGCCCAGCCCCAGCCGUCGGGGACAGGCGGCGCUGUCUCAGGCCAGGACCGCUAUGACAGGGCCACAUCGUCGGGCCGCCUCCCCUUGCCCUCGCCCGCCCUGGAGUACACCCUGGGGUCCCGCCUGGCCAAUGGACUGGGCCGCGAGGAGGCUGUGGCGGAGGGGGCGCGAAGGGCCCUGCUUGGCUCCAUGCCCGGCUUGGUGCCCCCCGGGCUGCUGGCAGCUGCGGUGUCUGGCCUGGGAAGCCGAGGUCUGACGCUGGCACCCGGCUUGAGUCCUGCCCGUCCAGCCUUCGGCUCCGAUUUCGAGAAGGAGAAGCAGCAGAGGAAUGCGGACUGUCUGGCAGAACUGAACGAGGCCAUGAGGGGCCGGGCAGAGGAAUGGCAUGGGCGCCCCAAAGCCGUGCGGGAACAGCUGCUGGCGCUGUCUGCCUGCGCCCCUUUCAAUGUCCGCUUCAAGAAGGAUCACGGGCUGGUGGGACGGGUGUUCGCCUUCGAUGCUGCUGCCCGCCCGCCAGGCUACGAGUUCGAGCUGAAGCUCUUCACCGAAUACCCCUGUGGUUCUGGCAACGUGUAUGCUGGAGUCCUGGCCGUGGCUCGCCAGAUGUUUCAUGAUGCUCUGCGGGAGCCGGGCAAGGCACUGGCCUCAUCAGGCUUCAAGUACCUCGAGUAUGAACGCCGACACGGCUCAGGGGAGUGGCGCCAGCUGGGGGAGCUGCUAACCGACGGUGUCCGCACCUUCCGCGAGCCAGCUCCCGCCGAGGCCCUGCCCCAGCAGUAUCCAGAGCCAGCCCCUGCAGCUCUUUGUGGCCCACCCCCACGAGCCCCAUCCCGGAAUCUGGCCCCCACGCCGCGCCGUCGCAAGGCGUCCCCUGAGCCCGAGGGCGAGGCAUCUGGGAAGAUGACCACCGAGGAGCAGCAGCAGCGGCACUGGGUGGCACCCGGUGGCCCGUUCUCCGCUGAUACCCCUGCUGUGCCCUCGCCCAUCGCCGCCCUGAAGAACGUGGCCGAGGCCCUUGGCCACUCCCCCAAGGACCCUGCAGGGGGUGGGGGCCCUGUGCGCGCAGGGGGCGCCAGCCCCGCAGCCUCCUCUGCGGCCCAGCCUCCAGCCCAGCAUCGUCUGGUGGCCCGAAACGGUGAGGCAGAAGUUAGCCCCACAGCAGGGGCGGAAGCUGUUAGCGGGGGUGGUAGCGGCACCGGGGCGACCCCUGGGGCUCCCCUGUGCUGUACCCUGUGCCGGGAGCGGCUGGAAGAUACCCACUUCGUCCAGUGCCCCUCAGUGCCCGGACACAAGUUUUGCUUUCCCUGCUCACGGGAGUUCAUCAAGGCGCAGGGUCCUGCUGGGGAGGUGUACUGCCCCAGUGGAGACAAGUGCCCGCUAGUGGGCUCCUCUGUCCCCUGGGCCUUCAUGCAAGGCGAGAUCGCCACCAUCCUUGCUGGAGACAUCAAGGUUAAGAAAGAACGGGACCCCUAGGCCACCACUGCCACCAGCCUACUGCCCAUCCGCCCUCCCCUGCCACCCACCGCUGCU